UUCUCCUCUAACGCCUGGCGGUAAUGGAUCAGAACUACUUGUCUAUAGCCAUACUCUAUUAUUGUAAUUUGAGGUUAUCCAUGUAGCCAUUUAGUAAACAAUAAUAAAUAUUGUCAUCUUUCAUUUAGAUUCACUACUGAAAGAUACUGUAAUUGAAAUACAUUUACGGUGGUGUCGAUCAAAGAAGAUAAAUGGAGACAUAUUAUACUAAAUAGCUUCAGUGUUCUACGAAUAUAAAUCAACAGGAUAAUGGGUAAGAGGAGCAAGUCGUCUAACGUCGCUGCUGAGGAAGUAGAUGUAAGCGGUAAAAAAAUGAAGAAUAAAAGAAUUAAGUUUGAAUCAGACGAGACAGAUGAACCGAAACCUAGCGAAACUAAUGUGGAUCCUAGUAUUGAACAAGUUAAACGAAAAAAGAAAAAUAAAUCGCAAAGUAAUAAAGGCGAUGAGGAAAAGAAAAAUAAGAAAAUUAUAUUUAGAGAGGACGAUGACGAACCAGUUGAAGUUGAUGUUCCUACAACUACAAAUCAACGGAAACGUACUAAAGAAGUUGUUCCUCAAGAGAAUGAAGAAGAUAUUAAAGACGAAGACAUUGAUAAAUUCUGUGAUGAGUUAAAUGAUGAGGAUAACGAACAGUUUGAGAGUUGGGUUAAAUUAAUAGAAGCUAAGCUUCAUUCGAAUAAAAAGAAACCUAAAUGAUAAAAUGAAUUUUUACUUUAAAAGACAACCAUUAAAAUGCCGAUUGCAAUAGGAGGCGCAUUUAAAAGUUAAAACGUUUUUAAAGACGUUGAAGAAUAAUUUAACACAUUUGGUCUUAGAAAGCCUUGAGUCGCGUUGCCAUCUGGUUUAUAACAACAGACGUUUAUUUUCAGCGCUAAUAAAUUGAACAAAAUCUGAAAUCA